AUGCUCGAUCUCUCUGGCUUGUUACUGCUACUUCUAUCUGCCUCUCAAGCACUUUCGCAACGUCUGCCAAGUACUUUCCCUCACAACUAUACAGGAAUACCUGAAGGAGAUUUCAGCCCGGCAUGGCAAAAAUAUUUUGAAGUCACUGACCCGUUACCAAAUGUCACUGAACCAAUCGCACGAAAUUUCGCCGGCAAUAUCGGGGUCAAUCGCGUCGGACAUCCCAACAACACCCUUUGGUUUUGGGCAUUUGAGAAGGAAGAAGGGUCGCUCACUGCGCGCGCUGGGGAACGGGACGAUGAGCCAUGGCUCAUCUGGCUGAACGGAGGUCCGGGCUCUUCCAGUCUUGUAGGUCUCAUGACAGAGAACGGUCCGCUUCAAGUGACGGGAAAUUACUCCAUCGUUGAAAAUGAAUUCAGUUGGAACAAGUUAGCAGAUGCUUUCUGGGUAGACCAGCCAGUUGGCACCGGAUUCUCGACAUCAGAUGCUGCUGGUUACGUCGACGGUGAAGACCAAUUAGGGCAGGAUUUCGUCGGAUUCCUCACAAAUCUCGUCAAAGUCUUCCCGAGUCUUGCCACUCGGCCGUUCUAUCUCACCGGAGAGAGUUAUGCUGGAACAUUCAUCCCAUAUAUCACGAAAGCAAUCUUCUCGACGCCCAAUCCGCCGGUGAAUCUGCGUAAAAUCUCGAUUGGUGACGGAACCAUUGGCGGGUUCGCCUUGUACGAGGAACUUUCCACGGUCAUCACACUCGAAACAUAUCCUGAAAUCAUUGGAUUUGACCCGGAUGUGUUCCAGUAUUUCAAGGAGCAGGAGCACUUGUGUGGAUAUGACGUAAACUUGACCUACCCUCAACAUGGUAUAAUUCCUACAAUAACUGAUCCUUUUACCACUACGAGUGUCUUUGCAAAUUCUCAAGUCCAACCCCAAGUACCCAGAAAGCGAAGCUUAAGCAAAAGGGCGCUUUCUGCUGCCGUUUCUUCGCUUGAGUCCCGUGACAUAGAAAGUAGGACAGCAGAACUUGAGGAGAGGAGAACCAUAUUGAAGCGAAAUCUUAUCGGUCGUCCCAACGGUACCCUCGAUCCUACCUAUGGAUGCUUCUUGUGGGAGGAGAUGACUGGUUACGCACAAAAUUUUACCUUUCCCUGGACCGUAGGCGAAUUUGACGCUUAUGAUAUUCCGGACGCCCUUCGCCCCGAGGUUCCUUCUGAUCCAAGUGUCUUUUUAAAUGAUAAUCGCACUCGCGCUGCUUUACACGCUCCGAUUAAAGAGUGGGUGGAGAUCUUCAGUAACCCCUUCGGUAACUCUACAUCCGAAGGACCCGGAACAAAUCCGUUUGGAGAUCCUAGAUCUAACUUCAAGUACAGACCAAUGGCAUUCAUGACUGAACUCGCUACCAACGCGAGCGAUAGGGGUGUUCAUAUCAUCAUAUACGAAGGAAACGAUGACUCGCUAGUUGCACACCGAGGACUCCAAGUCGUAAUCCAAAAUAUCACUUUCGGCGGUAUCCAAGGGUUUACUCGCAAACCAGCCACCCCAUUUACAGACGAUGAAGGACGAUUUGCGGGAAUUGUCCAUCAAGAAAGAAACCUCACCUAUGCACUAUUCCAAAACGCGGGUCACUUCGUUCCGAUGUCUGUUCCUGAGGCGGCGUUCGUGUUUCUGCGGGAAUUCAUCCUUGGGUCAAACACAACCGGAUUGGUUCUUGGGUCUCAUGUAGUUGGCGGUGAGGAUUCAAUCCUUGCGGAAGAUGUUAUGCCUGGAACUACAGCCAUAUUUUAUGGUCAUGGAACGACAGCAUCUUCGCUGAUUGUUCCAAGCGAAACUUUGGCUUCCUGGAGCUCCUUCUUAGCUACAGCUACAGCUACCGCCUUGUAG